AUGUGGGUCGGACAUAGCGUGGAGCGCCUAGCGACAGCGAGCGAUGCGCCUGAAGCAAUGGCCAUAUCUUUGAAAUUGAUAUCUGAUUCUCGAUACAAUUCAAUUGAAGAGGAGGUGGAAGCCAAUAAGGACGUUAUCGGAUCAAGAGAGCGGGCAUGGGAAACAGCGAAGAUGCAAUUUAUCCAACCGCUGUUCCAAAAGUACCACUCGCUCCUUGUCGGCUCAAAACAGCAAACAUGCCCGGCGAUCACUCUCACGCAGCUGUGA